AUGAGCUCGAUUGGUCAUGGCCCCUCAGGCGGAGGGUUCAGGCUUACUCCGCGAGCCAAGCUAUAUCCAAUGGGUAAUAGCACACGUCACGCACAGGAUGAGGAUCGCCUACAGCUAAAUCUGAAGACUGUCAUCGGAACUACCACAUCUUCACCAAACGCUUUUGAUUCGAGCCUUUUUCAAAACGUUUUUGUCUACUGCGCAGGACCCGCAGCCAUAGUCUCUUAUGUCCAGAAGGACCUAGCAAUCGUCCAACGAGUCUUCCGUGCUAAACCGAACACCUUGCCGAUCAAUGCGACAUCGUCAUUUUACAAUCCCGCAACGCCUCCGACAACCCCUAUAAGAAGUAGAUACCCUACACAACUGAAAGAUGCAGCUCAAAUUAAUGGAAUUAGCCCACAUUCGGGCAGCUUGCCAGACGUGCAAGGCAAUACAAAGGUUCAAAAUCGCGUUCGCGAGGCUACCCCGCGGGUGCUCCUGUUUUCUACGUCUGCUGAAUCGCCUGGUGAUGUCCCAUUGUCUAUUCUGACGGACCAUAGCUUUGGUGUCCAGUCAGUGGCCCUAUCUGGUGACUGCAAAUGGCUUUGUACACUCGGAAAUUCUUACGACGCCUUCCUGUUGCUCUAUUCGCUGAAUUCGAAGACGGGCGCCGCAAAGCUCCACUCGAGCAAUAAAUGCAGUAAUGUCCAUUCUAUCAUAUGGAUGGAAGACUCUAUAGUAAGCUUUGGUACACGGCACGUAAAAGUCUGGGCAAUUGAAAAGCCAUCGUCACCUACCAAGAGCCGUCUGGUAAGCGAAGCUCCUCAGAUGACGAUUGGUAGCCCUGGACCGAAAAUUCUGACUGGACGUAAUUGCCUUCUUGGCUCCUUGAUCGAUGCUAUAUUCACUGCUGCGUGUGCUAUUCUUGGCAAGAGGGCGGUUGUGGGCACAAGCCAGGGAGACGUCUGCCUUCUCAAAGGCACUGACCAGAAACUUGAAACAUUAGUACAAGUAGAAUAUAGUAUCAAGUCGCUGCAGUACGACGGCUCUAACAACAGUAUUUGGGUGGGAGGUAAUGCGGGUCAGCUACAAUGUUUACCCUUAGACCUCCUUGAGAGUAAGGAACACCAGAUAGUGGAACAGUCACUUGGCAGUGAACCCUCGGCGCCCGGUAUCAUCGCUCUUGGCAUGGUUCGCGACCAUUUGAUAAUUGUCGACGACAACAAAGUGGUUGAGUUGAGACAAAUUGAAGGUGAUGCUGCAAAGAUCGUAGCUAAAAGGCUCCCAGCUCACGACAGUGCUGUGCUUGGCGUUUGCUCUCUGUUCCAAUGGCAGCGCAGGGGACAAACAGAUUUUCUGACCUUCGCUGCUCGAGGUACAAUCCUCUUUUGGAACCUUGAUGGCACUUGCACCGGCGGGAUUGACAUCCCUAUCGACCAAUCAGAUGGAUCAUUCGAAUGCGAGCCCAACGAGCUCAAGGCGUUGACCGCAGCUGAGACGGAGGAUGUGAUGUUUGUGGGCGACAAGUAUGGUCUGCUCAGAGUGAUCGACCGUUCUGGUGCAGAAAUAGCAAGGGAACAAGCGCACAAUGGCGACAUUAAUGAGGUUGCAACAACCGGAACGGACAGUAGAGUUUUGAUAUGUACAUGCGGCCGAGAUCGAACACUCCAGCUUUUUGAAUGGAGUGAGGAGACUCUUAAUCUCAUUCAGACUAUUGACGAUCAUGCAGCUUCCGUUACGGCCGUACAGUUCGUGGAGAAUGGUUCGACGUUGAUCUCUUCAUCCUCUGACCGAUCUAUCUUGUUGCGAAGAGCAGCAUACUCAGACAAAGGGUCUCUCGCCUUUCUGCCAGUUAGGACUAUAACCUUAAGGGCAAGUCCGGUCUCGUUGACAAUCGCGCCAUUUGAUUCGCAGUCUUUGUUGGUCUCGACGAUGGAUCGACAAAUCCAGCGCUUCAACCUAUCCUCCGGUCGUCUACUACAGACAUUUAAGCCAUCUGAUCCCUACAACAACGACAGUGUCAUGACCUCAUCGUUACAAACCGUCAAUGUUGAUUCAAUAGACGGUGCGCUGUUGGCAGUCUUAGCAGUUUCUUCUACGGACAAGUCAAUUCGAUUGCAUGAUUACGAUAGUGGCGCACUCCUGGCUCGUGAGCACGGACAGGCAGCAGUGUCUUGUGCUAGAGUACUUCAGAAGCAGGCUGGUGAUGAUCAAUCGAAUUAUUUGAUCAGCUGUGGCAUGGACGGCACCGUAAUCAUCUAUCGCGUAACCGCGACAUCAGCUUCACAGCGUUAUAGUACGCCCAGUGAGAGUCCUAUCCGCGCCGAGUCGCCUCUGAAACAAACCCCUAGCUCUGCUCCGCCGAUGAGAAAGACGUUGACAAAGUCUGAGAUCGCCGAGUUUCAGCGUUCUUUCGAGAGCUCGGGGGAUACGAUAAGUCCAAUGCGAAGUCACUCGCCGUCGCGGCUAACCAAAAACUCGUCACGGUCUAGUCUGGCAGCUCGCACCAAUGCCAUGGGUAAUAGUGCAGCGAACCUCGGUCGUAAUGCAUCGAAACCUAGUCGCAGGUCUUCCCAAGAUCAUUCUUCCACGUCAACAAGUCCCAAGAACACAGUCAAAACCCAAAAGCCUAGGUCACGACCAUCUCUUGAUCCGCGACGCCGUAGCAAAAGCGCAGCGAACCUCAACGACUUGAACUCAUCUGCUGAGCAGCUAUGCGAAUCGUUGCGGAAUUUCGGAAAGCGUUGUAGCUCAUCGAUCCCAGGCAAAAUAAAACCGGAAACGAUCAGAGAACUGCAAGGUGAAAUGUAUCAUGCAUUACAAGCGGUAAACGAUCUCGACUGUGGGAAGUCAGACGAGGUGCUACCGUCGGAGCUGCUGCCGGCUGGCCAGUCUUUCGAUGCGUACAUCGCAAAAAUGAUUGACGAGCGACUCGCGGUAAAGAUAGACAUGAAAGAGAAUCGCAGUAUUGACAGUACCUCUGGAACGAAGAGGAAAAGUGUCGAACAGGCGCAAUCCGGCGCAAGCGAAUAG